AUGAAGACAAAAGGAAAAAAGGCACAGUCAAAUUCUGAAGCUUUAGGUACAGCUCCAGUGGAAGAAGAGCGUGCUAGUGAUUCAACAAAACCUAAGCCUUUGGCACAGGAAGCUAAUCGGGCAAAGAUAAAAUGUGUUAAUACAUACAGACUGGAGUCACGGAAUAAAUUUCAGGAUUACUUAGUAAGAAAAAAAGCUCAAGCAAUACUAACGAAUAAACUUCAAGAUGCCCAAUACAGUGGAGAUUCUAGUCCUUCCUUGUGUGCUUCAAUCUCAGAAGAAAUAUUAAAGGCUGUGAAGGAAAUGGACUUUGACCGUUACAAAUAUGUGGUAUCAGUACUAAUUGUGGAAAAGGCAGGUCAAGCAAUGAAUGUUGCCAGCAGAUGGGUCUGGGAUGCUCAGAGAGACUCUUGGGUUUCAGCUAAAUGUGAAACUGAAACAUUUAUUGCACUGGCUCUGGUAAUGGCUUGUUACUAUGAGUAG